AUGUUUUCGAGCUUGGAUGUCGACAUUCGACCCGGACAGGGCCUUGGAAUGUUUCACCUCGGAACGUCACUCUGGAAUGUAAUGGAUCUCCUACGCAGAAUGCAGCACGCAUUCCCCCUAGUUGACGUUAAAUUUGACCCAGACUCAUCAAUAACUCCAAUAAUACUACAUAUCCGACCACACCUUGACCUCCUCUUCUCUGGCCAUCAUCAGCGGCUCCAUACUAUUUGCCUUAGGAGACUGCGUGAUCCCAAUCCACCCGUUACACUAAAGUAUAAGGAUACGACACUAUCUUCUAGCGAAGAGGUUCUGAGGCGGGUUGGUGUCAGCCGAACCUUCGGCCCAACAUAUCCCGGUGAUGACCUACGAUACCCCGGAGUUUCCUUUACGUUUGAGGAAGACGGUAGGAGUGAUGGGCUUAGUGGCCCCCCGUCGCAGCGCGAAGAUAGAAUGCAAGAAGUCAAGAGAAUAAUUAUCGCACAGAAAUGCUUGGAUGGCGAAGUCCGGGAUGAGUUGGACGAGGUAUGCGAAUGCCCUGCCAUGUUUGGGGAGAUACAGCGCGCUGUUGUGAGGGUACAUGAUGGAGUAACAUUGUAUUUCUUCCCGUCGUCCACGGAAUCCGUUCAAAUACGAAUCGGCGUCAGCACGGCGCAAGACCUUUCCUGUGAUCUAGGGUCACCGCUUCGAGUCCACUACAAAGAAGACGAUAGGAUGACCAUUCACUCAAGAAAGGGAAACACGGAUGACGACACAGAUACAGAUUAUUUCUACAAUUAUCUCCAGCAUGGGAUCGACUUCUUGAUCUCUGGAUCGACGCACGUCGUGAAGAAGAUAAUCCUCCACUCCAAUGUGCCGGGUACUGCGUUGUUUCAGCGCUAUAAACGAUGUCCAUGGGAGAUCGAAGGUCAGCCUGAAGAUGAUGAAGAUGAAACUCCACCGCGAAUCAAAUUCUAUGACAGGGUUGACGAUAUAAGUCAUUUUCUAAAUCCAGGCGACACGCCAGCAUCUAUGCUACUCGAUCGUACAGAUGACGAAGACGGUCUCACGUUACCUAGUCCCAAAACUCGCUUACUUGGUUUUGACGGGAUCAUUCUGGAGGCUACGGAAACUGCGCAAGUAGUCGCUGUCAUGUUAUUUUAA